GGGCGUGAUGUGGGCGCAGACUGGCAGUUGGCGAGCACCAAUCGGAGCGCGGGAGCUGGAAAAGCGCGCCAACCGAGUGGUCUCGGCGGAGGGGGAAGCGACAGAGUGAGGUGCGCGGACGGGAACGGGUUCGCAAUGCUUGGAUCGGGCGUCGCCGAGCAGGAGCUAUCCUGUCAAACCGAUGUCGACAGGGGUGAUGUGGCAAUAUGCAGAAAACGAGAAGAUUAUCUUGAGUGGUCAGAAUAUUUUAUGGCAGUGGCUUUUCUAUCAGCACAGAGAAGCAAAGACCCAAACUCCCAGGUUGGUGCUUGCAUUGUGAAUCCUGAAAAUAAGAUCGUUGGCAUAGGGUACAAUGGAAUGCCAAAUAGAUGCAGUGAUGAUUCUUUACCAUGGGCAAGAACUGCUAAAAAUAAACUGGACACAAAAUAUAUGUAUGUUUGUCAUGCAGAAUUAAAUGCAAUUCUGAACAAGAAUGCUGGUGAUGUUAAAGGAUGCACAAUGUAUGUGGCCUUGUUCCCUUGUAAUGAAUGUGCUAAACUCAUCAUCCAGUCAGGCAUCAGCAAGGUUACUUAUAUGUCAGACAAGUACCGGGACUUGCCAGAAAUGAAGGCCUCCAGACUCAUGUUGGACAUGGCUGGUGUAGAAUACAGCCAAUUUACUCCAAAGAAUAAAACAAUUACCAUUGAUUUUGAUACAAUAAACAAAAGUGGAAGUUGUCUACAGUCAAGUAAAAUGGCUUCAACAGCGUCGCCAUGAAGCUGCUAAUUAUUCAUCAUGGAGAAUCUUAUUUGUUACUUCCAUAUUUCUGUUUUUUGGUAGUUAUUCUUUAGAAGAAACCUUCUGCUGUCUCUCUAUUCUAAUGGCACAAUUGAACCACUUACACCAGUUUAUACAUACAUAUUAUAUAUAUAGUAUGUCACGUGGUUUCUUUUCCAAUUAACAUUUGAGCUACUGUUGUGCCCGAGCUUGAAAAUGAAUAUAUUUGUACAAAGUGCAUGCAUGAAGACCUUUAUGGUUAGGAAAGGUAAAGGUUUUAACAUCGAACAAGCCAUUGAUUAGCACCAGACAAUGAGGUUCUGGUUUCUAAGCCUGACUCUGACCUUUCCUCUUCCUUCUCUACCCACCUGGCUCAAGAAAAGAGACUUGUAACAAAUGUGACCACUCCCCUUGACUAAGCACCCAAGGCCUAGAAUGGAAACUUGCCAGAUCCCAUAUGACUGGCUCUAAAACCUGAUGCCACUGCUGCUGAGUGCUGGAAGUGAGGCUCAUCUGAAGGUUAGCCCACGCUGCUGAAUGCAUAAAAGCAUUUCUUUCUGCCAGUAACUCUGCUAUCUGUUGCACUUUUUAAUUUUCUCAUGGGAUGUAGUAAAUUGGUCAGAGCAGUUUUAUUGUUCAUCCUUAAUUGUCUUUAGAAGCUGGUGAUGAGUUGCCCCUUGAACUGCUACAUUCUUUUUGGUGAAGGUACCCCUUGGUGUAGGUAGUUCUGGGAUUUAGACCCAAGGUUGAUAAAGGAACAGCAGUUUUUCUUUCCAAGUCAGGAUGAUGAAUAACUUGGAGGGGGACCUGCAGAUGGUAUCUUUACUAUUCCCUGCUGCCUUUGUCCUCGUUUCCAACCUCUUGAACUAGACAGUUAUCAGAGAGAAACUUGUAACUCUGGGGUCACCUGCUUGGAACAGUUAAACUGUGACCUCUUGAGCCUGGGAUCUUUUGGUUGAAGUUGGUGCUGGAAGUAAGGAGUGGAGUUUUGAAUAUGUCGUAGGUUCUUUGGGAGAUUGCAGCAGAAAAUUUUGGGGACAGUAAGUUAGCUAUCGUAGAGUAUUGUGGCUUUCAAUAAAAAUGCAAAAUGUUGAAAAUGUUUUGUGUCAAAUGAACUCUAAUUAAAACUAAAUAAAAAUAACUUCAUUUUUUGCAUUUACAGUUUAUAACUUUCAGAAAUUAUCUACAGCCAGCUUAGUGUAAAAGUAAUAUUAAGGAACAUGAAACAGAAAUUAUGAUGUGAUGUAUUCUCAGUUUUUCUGUCUACUGCUUUUUAGAGUCUUCAGCAUUCCCAGAGAGGCUGUCUGUGCACCUGACUAUGCUGUUCCGAUAUUAACAGAUACCUUAGGAUUGUACAGUGGUGGAGGAGACCAUUUGGCCUCCUGUACCUAUAGUAGUCAUUGAAAUAGUCAAGAAAUUACUCUCAUUCCCUUGCUGUUUAGCCUUGCAUAUUUCUCCCCUUCAAUAUUAAAAGAUACAUUAUGAUCUACUUCCACUGUCCAUGCACAUAGUGCAUUCCUGAUUUGUAAUAUGUUGUACAAAUACUUCCAAACCUCUAGACAACUUGCUGAUCAUAAAUUCAUAUCCUCUGGUUACUGACCCUCCCGCAAAGAGAACAGAUUCUUGUGCUCGUUGGCCCAGAGAUCAGGGGGAGUUGUCUUCGUUCAGAGGAAUAUGAAAGGUCAUUGAAAUAAUUGCACUAUAGUUUAGGAUGCUUGGCAUUGCAACUUAAUAUCUUUGCAUAUUCUAUGUAGUUUUAAAUUGAAUUGGUGUUCUUGUUGCUUAUUUGUGCCUCUGAGUCAGAGGAUAUUGGAUAUGAAUUUUACUCGUACAUAUUUGGUCCAGUACUUCAGUGCAUUAUAAAUGGAGUGACAUUUAGUGACAAUGCUGAGUUGAGAUCAAAUUGUUUUCCCAGUAACUUGGUCAAUAUUUAUCUUUCUGCCAGCAACAUUAAACUCAAUUGGCAUUGCUGUUUGUGGGAUCUUGUCAUGUGAAAUUGAGGGUAGCUGCACCUCAAAAGUAAAAUGUUGGGGAGAAUGCUCCUGAGUAAUGUUCCCAUGCUAGUUCUUUGUAUUUUUAAGAAAUUUUUAUUUGCGUUUCUGUCGGUGCGGCCAGGAGCACAACUUUGCACAUAAAUUCCUUUGACCAGUUUUGUUGACCAUACUACUCUGACACAGUCUAAUGCCACUGUUAAAGUUAUACCUAAACAUGUUUGAAAUCUAUUUCAAACAUUGUUAUUUUGGUCUGUAAGUAAUUUCUUUUAAAAUGGUAGUGGAUCAAUAAAUGUUCAAAAUAACCUCUGAGACUUUCAGAGUAAUCACUCACUGAGACUGUGAAAAGAUUUCCUGCUCUGAACUUCACCUUGCUUAAAAUCAUAGGAGCAUAGGCACAAGGGAAGGCCUUUUAAUUAGAUGAUGGCUGAUCAGUGACCUCCAUUUUGGCUGUCUUUGCUGAAUGUCCCAUGAUACCAUACCUAAUAAAAAUUAUAUAGAUCUUGGUCUUGAAACUUUCCACGGCCAUUUGGGGGAAGUUUUCCAAGUUACCACUACCCAGUCUUAAGUUGCUUCCUGAUUUCACUUUUCGGUUGUUUGAUUGUAAUUCCAAUUUGUGUCUCUUUGGAAAUAAUCAAUUAUCUGCUCAAACAUUUUAGAUUUAAAAACCUGCCUCAAUCCUCAAUAGCAUCGAGUGGAGGUAAUUUGUUUUCAUAGUACUGGGGCUGAAAAGGUUAAAGUUUUCAAAAUCCUGCUGAGCUUUUAAAAUAGGUGUUAGUAUUGACAAGUCUCAGAAGGUACCUACACAACAGAUGAACUCCUUCCCAAUAGGAUGACAGGGAUUGUCUCUGACCAUAGGACAGAAAAAUGACAAUUUGUCAGUUUUAUUCAUUUUUUGGGAUGUAAUCAUUCCCAGGUGGUGGUGAGCCACAAGCUUGAAGUGUUUUCAUCCUGAUAAAGGUGAUACCUCAAUGCUGUUAGAUAAGGUGUUCCAGGAUUUAGACCCAGUGUUGAAGGAACAGCAACAUAUUUCUAAGUCUGAAUAUUGUGUGGCUUGGAGGGGACCCCAUUGGUGACAGUGUUCCCAUGCAUCUGCUACUGUUGCCCUUGGAGGUAGAGAGUGUGAGAUUUGGGAGAUGCUGUCAGUCUCGGUGAGCAACUGCAAUGUAUUUUGACUGCAGCUGCUGUGUGGCAGUGGCAGAGGGAAUAAAUGUUAAGAAUGAUCAGUGAGAUGCCAAACAAGCAUUCUACUUUGAACUGGUGAGGUUGAGAUUUUUUUUCAAUAUUAGAGCUGCAUUAAUCGUCCUUUUUUUAAAACAAAAUCUUCAGAUCUUUUGUUCAAAUUACUUCUGAUUUAAUGUGUUUUAAUUUCCUGGAUUUGCU